UUUCUAUAACAGAGUUACAUAUAAAAAGACGCAAUGAAUUUGUUUCGACGGAAAGAGUCCAGCACAAUUCCAUUGGUUCCAGCAACCGAGGUUCUGGAGUUCAAACCGUUCCGUGAAACGUAUAAGAUAAUCACUUUCGCAAUGAUCGUCGGCAUGCUGUACCCUACACCAAACACUGAAAUGUGCAGAAUAGUUGGCAUCGUAACGAUAUUAGUAUCCGUAUCACCGUUAUGCGUGUCAAUCCUAUUGGACAUGUGGAAUAGCUGGCUUAGAGGUGACAUCAUCAAUAUCAUUCGGCAUACUACUGUCAUUGGGCCGUUCCUUGGCGCAGUCUUUAAGAUGAUGCUGUUCUUCUACAGUAGGAAAGAAGCAUGGAGCAUUAUUAAAAAAAUGGACGCCGACCACGCUCGCUACAACACCCUGCCCGAACAACACAAGGAAAUUGCGCGUCGGCACAUACAGAACACGCAAUACUAUAGCGAAAAAUGCUGGUCAAUCACAGUAGCGACCUGCGUCCUAACCUUCCCGCUGACGGCUGUCAUCCUGACGUUCUACAACUACACAUUCAAGGAAGAACCUGUCAAAUACAUGAUCCACGACCUUGACAAACCGUUUUCACCCAAAGAAGACAGAUUCUCAUCGCCAUUCUUCGAAAUCAUGUUCUUCUAUAUGGGUUACUGCUCUCUGUUUUAUAUUAUAAGCUUCACGGGUUUUGACGCGUUUUUCGGGAUAACUAUUAACCAUGCGUGUAUGAAGAUGGAGUUGCUUUGUAGGAGUAUGGAGGACGCUAUGUGUGAGAGCGAGAGAGAUAGUCGGCAUAGGAGGAUGCUGGAUGUUAUCGCGGAGCAGAAUGACUUGUUCAGAAUGGUUGAACUUAUACAAGAAACUUUCGCCAUAUGGCUUGGAAUAAUCGUCAUAGCAACUAUGCUUCAGAUUUGCAACUGCAUGUACCAGAUUAUUGAGGGUUAUGGAAUUGAUCCUAGAUACCUAAUAUUCAUUCUAGGCACCAUUGCUCACAUAUACCUACCGUGCCGUUACGCCGCUAAAUUGCAAGUGAGCGCACUAGAGGUCGCCACUCAUCUAUACUGCUGCGGCUGGGAGCGAGUGAACGACGAGCGAGCGCGCAAAAUGAUCGUCUUCAUGAUAGCACGCGCACAGAUUCCGAUGAAGAUCACAGCUUUCAAUAUGUUCGACUUCGACAUGGAGCUGUUUGUCUCCAUAUUACAAACGUCUUAUUCGAUGUUCACACUGCUUAGAUCUUAAGAGAUCUCGUACAAAAAAUGUGUUGUAUUAGUUAAGUAAUA